AUGACCACCAUCGACGUGGACGGUUUGAGUGAGACAUUUCCUAUGCGAUUGAAUAAGUACUCCGAUGCACUCAAACUAGCAGAAAGUACAAUGAAAUUAUUGCUGCUUCUAUGCGCAAGUUCUAGCUUUGAGACAAGGGAAGGUUGGAAAAAUUCGUACGAAAAAAGUGGAGAAAAGGUCUGCUUCAAGAAGUUUCAAAUAGGAAAGAUAUUUACUUUAAAGUACAUCUUACAGGCAAAUAAUGGUACAUGUAUCGAUAUUUCUAAUCAACGAAACAAUUCAAAACUCACUCUAUCAUCACUUGAAAAAGCAACAUAA